CUUAAAAAAUUCCUCAUCGGGACUUUUGAGGUAUUCAACUGGAGAUCUAUCACUCACACCCCAGUACACACCUCCAUAACACAGAUCUGCGUGUUUUUCUCCUUCCUUAGAUCUGAAUUCCUUCAACAGAAGAAGCAAUGCCGUUGCUGGAUUCCUUGACGGCAAUAUCGUUGCUACUGCUUGUUAGGGUUUUAUGCAUUCAGGCUUCGGUGCAUAGUUACGCUGGAGAAAAGUUCUCCAGAAAGGGAAAUGCAUUUGUAGUCCAUGGAGGAAGUGAGGGAAUCUAUUACUCUCAUCCUAACCUCAACGAAUCUUCCGCAUCUUCCAAUGGCGAUGCGUAUAUACGUUUUGAAAAGAUCACAUUUCAAAGGACUGAAGAGGCUGCAAACAUUAGCACAGGCUUCAUCUACGCCAUUCUUUUUGAAGUAGAUGAUCGCGAAACCAUUGGUGGAUCUGCAUAUGGAGGCCAAAGAGCUAUCUGCUGCACAUCAGAUCUAGCAAAACUAGGCGCAUGUAAGGAAGGAGAAGUCAUUCAUCGCCUUUCAACCACAAACCCCGGUUGGCCCGAAGUGUUCUAUGUCCCAUUUGAUUCCACUGACAAAAGUUUCAUCAUGCAACCAAGAUCUGUACAAAUCACAAGAACAGGAAUGUAUAAUCUAUACUUUAUGCACUGUGAACCACAACUCAGUGACAUGGUUGUACAAGGUAAAACCAUAUGGAAAAACCCCUCUGGUUACCUUCCAGGAAGAAUGGCCCCACUUUUGAACUUUUACGGGUUCAUGUCUCUUGCAUUUUUACUCCUGGGAAUCUUCUGGUUCUCUCAAUAUGCAAGAUUCUGGAAGGAGGUUCUUCAGUUACAAAACUGUAUAACAUUAGUUAUAACUCUGGGUAUGUUUGAAAUGGCAUUAUGGUAUUUUGAUUAUGCGGAGUUUAACGAGAGUGGGGUCCGGCCAACUGGGAUUACUAUAUGGGCAGUAACUUUUGGCACUGUUAAACGGACUGUUUCACGGUUGAUCAUUCUUACUGUUUCCAUGGGGUAUGGUGUUGUUAGACCUACCCUUGGUGGGCUUACUUCAAAAGUUGUAAUGCUUGGAGCUACUUUUUUUGUUGCUUCUGAAGUUCUUGAAUUGGUGGAACAUGUUGGUGCUGUUAGUGAUCUUUCAGGAAAAGCCAUGUUGUUUUUAUCUCUUCCUGUUGCUGUUUUGGAUGCUUUUUUUGUUUUAUGGAUUUUCACCUCCCUUUCUUCAACUCUGAAUAAACUCCAGGCUAAAAGAAUGAUGGGGAAACUAGAUAUAUACAGGAAAUUUACAAACGCAUUGGCUGUAGCUGUUAUUGUGUCUGUAGGGUGGAUAUGCUAUGAGCUUUAUUUUAAGUCGACUGAUAUAUACAAUGAGCAAUGGCAAAAUGCUUGGAUCAUUCCUGCUUUCUGGCAUGUUCUCUCUUUCUCUCUUCUGUGUGUCAUUUGUGCUCUUUGGGCACCAUCUCAGAACUCUAUGCGGUAUGCGUAUUCUGAUGAUGGAAGUGAGGAAUUUGAUAAGGAGGAUAGUUUGAUGCUUAUAAAACCAUCUCCUGUUGCUACAAAAGAAGUAAGUGAAAUGAGAUCUGUGCUUCAGAGUGAAGAUGGAGAUUUGGAAGAAGAUAAAACUGAGUAAUUAUGAAGAUAUGAAUGGGUUUAGGUGAGGUGAGAGCAUUUUCUUGUAUCUUUUGGUCUUUGUAUGCUUAUUAAGUAACUCUUAAAUUUCUUUUGCUAAAUAUUAUAGAAUUUUUACUAAUAGUUACUGUAUAUUGCACGA